AUGCCCCAGACGGUAGGCAAGUACGAUGGGUUAGGUGACCCAGACGAUCAUCUCAACCUAUUCAAAAGUACAGGAGAAAUAGCCUGUUGGCCCAUGCCCCUUUGGUGCAAGAUGUUUAUCCAGACGCUGGUAGGCGCAGCUCGCGUUUGGUGGGAUAGUCUGCCCACGGGGGAAAUUGACAGUUUCAAAGAUCUAGAGGCAAAGUUCAUUUUGCAAUUCAGUCAACAACGCAGGCACACAAAAGAUCGAAACGAGCUUCUCCACAUCCGCCGGCGAGACAACGAAACGGUGGAAAACAUCAUCGUAAGGUUCAAUAAAGAAAGUCUGGCAAUUCCGGGCGCUACAAACGAUCUAGCAUGUGGAGCUUUCCUACAAGGAGUAAACGACGAUGAGUUGUUAAGGACACUUCAUGGAAGGGAUGGCGUACUUGCCACCAUUGACGAAAUACUAAGGAUCGCCAAAGUAUACGUUAUACAAGAAAAGGCCGUGGCCGCCAGUCAUGCUGCCAACAGGAAAAAGGAGGCCCUGAAAAACCAGGAAGAAAGAGAGCAACGAGGGGCUAAAGGUAAGGGCAGAGGAGACCGAUAUCACAGGAAUGAUAGGACCGACUCGCGGUAUGAUAGAUCCAGAAACACCUAUUCAAGGAAUGACUUCUCUAAACCGCGAUCCGACUACCCCAACUUGAGCAAAACGCCCGCAGAAAUCUUGGCCUCGGAGAACCUCAAGUUUCAUCCUCCAAAGCUGCUAAAAGACAAUCCUAACAAAGACACAAGUAAAUAUUAUGAAUAUCAUAAGUGUAGCGGCCAUGAUACGAAUGAUUGUUUUCAGUUAAAAAAGCAGAUUAAAUAUUUUGUGAAAGCGGGCAAAUUGGCACACUUAGUAAGAGGCAACAAGCAGGGCCCACCCGCCGUCAAGGAAGAGAAUGAUAAGGCGGCGGGAAAAAGACCGCGAGAACUUAAUAUGGUACACGCCGACAAGGGAAAAGGGGCAAAGCGGAGUUUCUCCACGCUCGAACCCUGGAUGCUAGCAACCAUGACUAUUGAACCUCGCGUGGAAGAUUUACACCUCGCUACGGAUGCCCUGAUCAUAUCCGCUGCAGUAGGGGAAUACCGCAUGAGAAGAAUCCUGGUAGAUACCGGGAGUUCAGAAGACAUUAUCUAUGAGCAUUGUUUCAAUAGAAUGCAACCGGAAGACAGAAAGCUGCUUGUGUCGGUGCACGCCCCCAUCAAAAGUUUUACUGGAGAAAAGGUGGACCCAAUUGGUCAGAUUACCUUUCCGGUUACGUUUGGACAAGAACCCAGAGAAAGAACCAUACUCCUAACUUUCCUUGUGGUACGCGCUAAGUCAUAUCACAAUGUGAUCAUUGGAAGGUUCACUCUGGGAAAGUUGGACGCGAUAGUUUCUACGGCGAGAGGUUUUAUGAAGUUCCCUACCCCACGGGGUGUUGCAAUAGUAUUUUGUGACAAGAUAGGGGAGGUAUUAAACGCCAAAAGAUGUCGCCAAGGCCCCACCGGAGCCGUUGGUCCAGAAAGAUGGGUACCAAGCACACGCCAUCCGGAUCAGACAGUUACAAUCGGGGACAGCCUCUCUCCCAAGGUUAAAAACGAUUUGUAA